AUGCUACGCAUCUUGGCCACUGCCCUGGUGGUGUCCAGCGCCUACCGCGGUCCCCGCGGUCCCGCACAGCGGCUGCGGCGCCGCAGGGCCGUCGAGGCCCUGGAGGUCGCCGAGGCUGCGGCCGGCGAAACCACGGAGCCGUGGCACGUCUUCUGGGACUUGGACAACAAACGACCUAAAGACCUGCAGGUCUUGGAUGCAGCCAUGGCACUACUGCCGAGUUUCUUCCCUGAACAUCGUUUGGAGAGCGUUAGGCUCUAUGCGAGUUACGCCACCUUGCGGCACGCAGACUGCCGGUCUCUGCUGCAGUCUUUGAUGGGAGACGGCACGCAAAGCUUCCUGGAGGACUUUCCGAAGCGCUUCCCGCAGGGUGCGCUCUUCCCGCUGCAGGGCGCGCGGGAUCCGCGAGGCAUGCUGCGUGAAACGUUGCUGGUGGCGCCUGCGCGGCCGCAGGCGGCGGAUUUCUGGUUGGUGCGAGAUGCAGCACAGCUAGUGGCCCCGCGCCUCCAGGCCAGGGCGGUUGGCACCGUGUGCAUCGUUUCGGAUGACUCAGACUUCAGGCAAGUGAUCCUGGACAUUCAUCACAGUGGCUGGCGAUGCGCCGUACUCUGUCAACCCCAGAGCUGGACCCUACGGAAACGCGCGGAGCGUUGGUUCGAUUGGAAUCACUUCAUCGAAGCCGCGUCGCUUGGAAGCGCUUCGGAAGCGGAGCUUCCGCCAGCACGGUGGCGGAUCGGGCGCCCAAAGGCGCUGCCGGCGGUUGAUCUCAUGGCGCAUCAGAAAGCCCAUAAGGAACUGCGUUGGUCCAGUGACGUGAAUCGACAGAAAUACCGGCACCUGAGAGGAGAUAAAGGCGCCCGUGGCAAGACUUGA